AUGUAUUUUUUUACUUUUGAUAGCCUAAAUGAUUUUUUUUUUACCAUGCCACUUGGUUACAAUGAAGGUAUUAUCAUUGCAGUAGUCAUUGUCUUUUAUUCAGAAGAAAUUAUGUUAUUACUAAGCUCCUUAAAUUGUUAG